AUGGCGCUCCAGCUGCUGAUUUUUGACACCCGGCGGGGCAACACAGAAGGCCUUGAAGAGGACAAAGUGCUGGCUGCCUUCCCCAAUGACGUGCCCCUGCUCCACCAGAGCGGCAUGGCCGGGCUGCUGCAGGGCCUGCUGCUGUUCACCGCCAACUUCACCGCCGCCCUGGCAAGUCGGCCACGCUGGGAUGUCGCCGAGACCGACAGCGGCACCUGGGUGAUGCUGGAGGCGGAGCCGCACCUGUGGUUUGUCGUGCUGGCGCCGCGGGCCUGGGUGCCGCGGCACACGACGGAGGACACGCUGCACUCGCUGCUCACCCAGAUCCACCUGCUGAACUGCGCGCUGUGCGGCAGCGUGCAGGCCGCGCUGGAUGAGGACCCCAGCGGCGGGCUGGCGCGUGCGGGGCUGCAGGCGGUGGUGGAUCACGUGGGCCAUGCGCUGGGCAGCCCCCACACCUGGCAGCACCGCGAGCUGCGCAACCCUCUGGGCGACGCGGCGCUGCCGCCGCUGCUGCCGCUGUCGCAGGGCUCCUCGCUGGCGGUGCAGGGGCUGGCCAACCACCUGCUUCUGGCCAGCCUGCAUGGCCAGCAGUGCGUGCGGGGCGUGCUGCUGCUGUACGGGCCGUACCUGCUGUGGAGCAGCCUGGCGCCACGCGACACGGCCGCGCUCUUUGCCGUCGUCGCCGCCGGCCUGCUGCACGCCAGCAGCAGCAGCAAGGGCGGCAGCGGCGGCGGCGGCGGCGUGGGAGAGCCACACGCGGCCGCCAGUGCAGCGGCCGUGGCGGCGCUGCCCAGCCUUCGGGCCCUGGAUGGCGGCGCGUGGCGGCAGCUCCCCAGCGGCUUCCUCGUGCUGCGCGGCAGCGCGGAUGCUCCAGGCGGCGGCGUGUGGCCGGCAUAUGGCGCGCCCACAGUACCGCUGGUACACCUGCAGCACAGCCCUGACGAGCGAGAGGGCGAGCAGGGCGGGGCAGGCGGCGGCGGCGGCCAGCCGGGCGCCUGCCGCCUGCUGCCGCUGCUGGAGGGGCGGCUGCUGGUGGGACUGCUGCUGGAUGACGGCGCCCUGGCCACCCCGCAGCAGCUGGCGGGCCUGCAUGGCCUGGUGGCGGCUCCGGCCAGGCAGCUGGCGGCGCAGGUUGGCGAGGAGGUGCGUGCCAGCAAGGCGGAGGCAGCCCACCUGCCCGGCUUCCGCUACCUGUACCAGGAUGCGGCGGUGCAGGCGGCGCGCGCCUCUCCCCGCAUCAAGGUCAGCGCCAUGAGCCACCACGCACGCACGCUGGCGGCCGCGGUGCGCGGCUCGCUGGGCGGCCUGGUGGCGGCAGGGGCUGAGGCGGUGGCAGACGCGGGCGAGGCCCCACCAGACGGCCUGGCCGGCGGCGAGGCGUUCCAGGCCCAGCAGGCGCCGCCCAGCACCGGCAGCGGCGCCACGGGCGGCGGCGGCGAGCACGAGGUGCUGGAGGUUGUGGCCAGGAGCAGCCAGGAGUGCUGGGCGUACGCGCUGCAGCCGGGCGACGGGCGGCGGCUGCUGGCGGUGCGGGAGCGGCGCGGCGAGCGGGAGCUGGGGCAGGCGUCGGGGGUGCUGCACGCCUUUGCAGAGGACAACUUCCUGAUGUGA